AUGGGAUCAAUCAGUGGUAAUGAGAACACACGUCCUGAUUUAAGGGAAAUUCGAGUCUUGGUUACAGGUUUUGGUCCUUUUCGCGCGCAAUUUCCCAUAAAUCCAUCAUGGGAGAUAGCAUCUCGUUUACCACCUUACGUUCCUACGAAUGUGAAAGAUGAGGGGCACCAUCCGCAUGCACGACCACCAAUAAACAAGAUCACGCCACGCAUCAAGAUUGAGACUUAUGGAGCGCCAGUUCAUGUAGGAUACAAGGCUGUUCGGGAACUUGUGCCUGUACUUCUUGAUGACACCAAGCCUGACUAUAUACUACAUAUUGGAAUGGCAUCUGGUCGAUCCUUUUACAGUUGUGAGCGACGGAGUCAUCGAGAUGGAUAUCUCAUGAAAGAUGUUGAUGGGAAUGUUUUGAACGAUGAAUACAACAAGAUUAAGGAAGGCGAUGACUGGGUAUGGAAUGACUGUCCUGGGGAACUUUUGACGAGUUUGCCAUUCGACAAAAUGUUUCGUCAAUGGAAGGAAGCUUGUCCUGAAGUCGAUACACGGAUUUCCGAAGAUGCGGGUAACUACCUCUGCGAUUUUAUAUACUACACCUCUCUCGCACACCGUUACAAGCAUCAACAACCAAAUAAAGCCAUGUUUCUGCAUGUACCCGUCGAUUCGGAUCCUGAGUCUGUACAAAAGGGUGUCGAAAUUACGAUCGAGCUAAUUCGGGCAAUGGUUGAAUGUGAUCUCAAGGCUCAAGCCAAUGCCAGGGACAACAUUAAUACCACAGAAGAGAAAGUGGAUCUGUGA